AUGGAGGAAGAUAUUGUUAUGUUGCCCAGUGUCGUGACUUUUAUUGAUAACCGGCUGUGCUACAACGGGCAAAACUGCCAGAAGAUCCCGCCCAGCCUCGCCAAGCUCUACGGCUCUAAAACCGAAGCGCUGGAUUUGAGCUACAACGAGCUGGUCAACAUUAGAGGCGUCGAGGGGUUCCCGAACAUUAGAGAACUCAUAUUGGACAACAACGAGCUGGACGACAACAUCCAUUUGCCCGACCUGCCUCGAUUGCACACGCUCUCUCUCAACAAAAACAAGAUACGGGAUUUACCUUUGCUCUUGUCGAAGAUAUCGAAAAACCUACCAAACGUCACCUAUUUGAGCCUGUUGGGCAACCAGGCCUGUCCCGACGAAUUAACGACGAUCGAAAACGACGAAAAAGACUAUCAAAGAUACAGGUAUUACGUGUUGUCGCGUUUGCCGAAUUUGCGAUUUCUGGAUUCGAAAAAAGUGUCGGGGCGUGAAAUGGCGGAGGCGGCGCAUCGGGGGAAGUACAUGAAAAUUAUCAAGCCGGCGGCGGCGACGGUACAAUCGGCCUGCUUCGAUGAUUUCCUAUCGACGUUGGCCGAUUAUUUCACGCCUUUGCCCAAAACGCUGCGGAACGUGCACGAUUACAAAGGCUCUUAUGGAAAAUGUCAGUACCGUUACAGCGGCAAACAUUCCGAAGGCAACAGGUUUAUAUCAAACAAAGACUUGUAG